CCGCUUCUUUAUACAAUGGACAGGCGGCAUUGCGGCUUUCAUUUCUUUUUCUAAGGCAGAAUUGAGAACGCCACAAUGUAAACGUGCAAGCGCGCCAUUUCAUGGACUUUCCUAAGAGCAAGAGUAAAAGCUGGCCUUUGGAAAGAACUUUUUUAAAUCAAUAUUUACAAUAUCUUACAUCAAAUGUUACAUGAAUAAACUUAGCUUACAAGUUAACUAAUUACACCACAAGAAAUAUUCUGAAACUACGAACUAUACGCCGUUGGUCUCAAUCGCUUACGGUGUAUCGCCUUCAAAUUCUGUAACCUUUAUUGCGAAGCCAAUACAAGUGCGCUUUUCUAGAUAAGUAGUGAACGCACCAUAUAUAGAGCAAACAUUCUAAACUCUAGAUGAUGCCACACAUUGAAGAAGAUGCAAGCAUCUUCAUCAAGUCUCUUGAGCAGUACGCGGCCACUGGAGAAGAGGUUCACAUGCUUCGCAAGUUUGAGGAACUCGCCAUGGACUACGUUGCCCGAGGAUCUUUCGGCAUCGACGAACGCUUUCAAGGGAAGCCCGACCAUCCUCUUAUGGUCAUCGCCAAGGCUGCCCUAAGGGGUACUAUGAAGGGACCUCUUCAUAUGAUCGCACAGUGCACGACCUCAUUUGGGGCGUUCAUGAAGCCAUUGUACUGGCUUUCGCUUGUCUUUGGAGAAUCUUCAUUGAAGAACCUGAAUGAACCGACAGCCAAGGUGAUUCAGCUGAGAAAGAGCGAUCCCUCGCUGCGAAAGCAAGACUUCUUGCAAGAUCUCCUCGACGCGGAGUACAUCGAGGCAGAAGAGGAACGGGGCGAUAACAAAGUUGCAAACGGAAGUGCCAGAAAAAGGGCUCUGACCACCGAAGAAAUUAUAACGAACGCUGCAGCGAUUUUCAUAGCCGGGUUUGAAUCUACAGCAGCUAUUCUGAGUUACAUAGCCUACUGCCUCGCAAAACAUCCUGAUGUCCAAGAGAAGCUACGGCGAGAAGUCGUCGAUGCCGUCGGUACAGACGGCUCCCUGGACUAUGAAACAAUCAUGAAAAAGUUGAAGUACCUGGAACACGUAGUGGAUGAAACACUACGACUUUAUCCUACAUCAUUAUCGGGUGUGAAUCGACAGGCCAAAGAAGACUUCGAAUACAAUGGCAUCAAGUACAAGGCAGGUACAAACGUCAUGGCAGCGUUGUACCAGAUACAUAGAGACCCACGAUAUUUUUCGAACCCUCUGGAGUUUAAUCCUGACAGGUUUUCACCAGGAAACGAGGCCUCAUUUACGAAAGCAGCAUUCAUGCCCUUUGGCAUGGGGCCUCGCAACUGCGUCGCAAUGAGGCUGGCAUUGCUAAAAGUGAGGUACACUGUUGCCAAGAUGGUACAGAAGUACCGCAUGGAACUAGGCCCCUCUCAGAAGGGAACCAUGGAGCUGGGCCAAUAUGCGAUGGUAUCGACGCCCGCAAGAGGGCCCUGGAUUGUCCUACACAGUUUGGCGAAUGAACGCUGAGACAACUCAUUCUAUGAGUGGGCGUUUUAAAUGGCCUCCCCAUGGCAUACAUGUGGAGUUGUUCAUUUCUAUCCCUUGUCAUCACUACGUAUGUGGCUUUGUCAUGUGCAUAAACAUCUGUUAUCUAAUAAACAUUCUUGAGUGUG